CUGAACAGUCAGUAAAUAUGAGGCGUUUACUGUAGCAGAGGAAUUUAGUCACAGACAGAUUUCUGUGGAUUUCAGUUUUGCUUACCAUUACAAUUUCAUUGGUUAAAGUUAAUAACAGUGGGUGGAGUGAGAAAACAGUUUUUCAGCCUGCAGGUUACCUAAAUGGCACCAACUGUGAUAUUUUUUCCCCUGACUCAUAAUAACAAUGGAAGGUUAUUUGCACAUGCUGGUGUAAAGCAUGUUCCUGUGGCAAUAUCUGACACUGCUCCUGCUGAUAGCUGUUCAAAUAUGCAAAGCUGAGGGAUGUGAAGAAUUUACAGACCUAGAUUUUGGCCACGCAUUCAUUGGAACCAGCCUCAGAAUAAAGUUGUUGCUGUACACCAGGGAAAAUGACACCUGUGGCAGACUCGUGUCCCACUCCAACUUGUCCGCCCAUCCCCAGCUUAACUCGUCCAGGCCAACCACCUUCGUCAUUCAUGGGUAUCGGCCCACAGGAUCUCCACCGGCGUGGGUGCACACCAUUACGAAGAUGCUGCUGGAGAGGGAAGACAUGAACGUAAUAGUGGUGGACUGGAACCGCGGAGCUGCUAAUGUGAAUUAUUUCAAAGCAGUGGAAAACACACACAAGGCGGCUGACAACCUCACUGCUUUCAUUAAAAUGAUGCAGGAACAUGGUGCCUCUCUGAGCUCCAUCCACAUGAUCGGAGUCAGUCUUGGGGCUCAUAUAUCAGGCUUUGUGGGUGCUAACCUGAAUGGGUCAAUUGGAUGGAUUACAGCUCUGGAUCCUGCUGGACCACAGUUCACUGGCACUUCUCCAGAGGACCGACUGGACCCCACGGAUGCUCAGUUUGUGGAUGUCCUGCACACAGACAUAGACGCUCUGGGCUUCAGAGAACCUCUGGGUCACAUUGAUGUCUAUGCUAAUGGUGGAACAGACCAACCCGGCUGCCCAAAGACUAUCUUUUCUGGAGGAGCCUAUUUUAAAUGCGACCACCAGAGAUCAGUGUUACUCUACCUUGACUCUGUGCAUCGGACGUGUGCCAGCAGGGUCUUCCCCUGUGACUCCUACAAAGAGUUUCUGAGUGGUAACUGCUUGAGCUGUGACACCUUUGGUGUUGCUGGAUGUCCUGUCUUUGGUUAUGACAUCAGAGAGUGGAAAGAUGUCCUGCUGAAGCUGGGCCAAACAAAAACUUACUUCACCACCAAUGCGGUCACUCCAUUCUGCAGGACAGAAUACAGGAUGGAAGUGAUGGUAUGGAACGAGGAUAUACGAUGGGGAUACAUCACUGUUAAACUUCACGGUGAUGGUAAAGAAGCAGUGGCAACCAUUGACCAUAAAGCGUCAAAGUUCAAGAAGUACACAGAGACCAAGUUGUUUGCCCAGUUUGACAAAGACCUUAAAUCAGUGAAAAAGGUGUCUCUAAAAUUCUCCACUGGGAAUGUAUUCAAGCCCAAAUAUAAGCUCCGUGUUCUCCGAAUACGUCUCACACAUCUGGAACGCAAGGAGAGGCCUCUCUGUCGAUAUGACAUCCUUCUGGAAGACAACAAAGAGGUCACCUUCAGGCCAAUUCCCUGUGAAGAAUCCAACUUCUGAGACAAAAUCGGACACCACGUCAGAUAUUUCAAACACUCUUCAGUCCCUCCAAGAUUGUACAGGAAAACAAUAAGGACUAAUCAUUUGUCAUUUGGGAUCUGAAAAUGAAAUGUAAUAUAUUAUGUAUAUGUAUUUUUAUCAUAAAAUAUAUUCGUCUGUUUGUUCUUUUUCGAUAUUACCCAAAAAGUGAAGGUAUUUACCUUUUAAUUGUCGGGUGAAUUAGACUUUUUGUUCACAAAAAUCAGUUCAUCUGACAAUGACUUAUUAUGACAAGAUAUCUCAGUUGUGACUGUAACAACAAAAUUGAGGCUUGUUUGAAAAAAAAAAUAGUGGACUUUUUUUUCUACUUUUCCUCUCAAUCACUCUCAUUUUUGUCUCCAAAAAUCAUUCCAGUAAUGUCAGUUUUUGUUUAAAUAGAAAAUUUAGUAAGGCUGAGAGAGACAGAUGACCAAAAUGAUUUUUCGUAGAAUUACGCAUUUCUCAUUAAGACUGAAAAAAAAAGUAUUAACAAUUAUUGUCAAGCAGUGAAACCUUUGAUCCCUGUUUUUUAUCUGAUUUUUAUUUUUUUUUUCCAUUAAAAGUACUGGACUUAUGUUCUAGAUGAUAUUUCCUUAAUCAAACAUGGAUAUUUUGUAACAUAUGACCUCACUUGUAACUAUAAAUAUUUAUUUGUGUAUAUAGAUCCAUCUGUAAUUGUUAAUAAAAAGUCAAUAUUUGGUAA